AUCACUUCCUAAUCGUCCCUUUUAAAAAAGUCUGUAGUAUCCCAAGUCUUCAGGAAAAAAUACGAUUUAUAGUAAAAACUCACAAUUUUUUCCGUUCCGAAUCAAAUUAUUUUAAUUUUGGGAUCAUUUUAAAACCUGGUCUAUGAGUGCAAAUCACUUUGUAGCUGUAGGUGAUUGAUUUGCUCGCAAAUAUGUGAUUUAAAAGCCUCUCAAAUAAAUAGUACGGAUUGGACAUUGACAUAAGUGAAGUCAAAUUAUAACGUGACUUUAGUAACUUUGUACCUAUUAAAUUAUAUUCUAUUAAAUUAAUGUUUCUGCUUUAUCAAAUAUUUAAGUUUAGGUUAUGUUCUGUGAUUGUCUGUGGAUUACAAUUUCAAUUAAUAAUGGUGUUAGGAUCUCAUAUUUAGUUUUCAAGGGAUUUUGUAAUAAUACAUGGCUUUUCGAAGUGGUAUGGCCAUAAGGAAUACAUAGUGUUAAAGUGGUAACCACUACACAAAGAAAAGACAAACGUAUAUCAAUAUCAUUUAGAAUGUUAACAGUUUCACCGCCACGGUUGGGCAUAGACAACAAAUAAUAGUUUUUUUUCCAAAUGAUACUUUUCGUUGGCUAUUGUCUUGUAACCUAACCGUGAUGGUCAAAAAGUUAUAUUUUUUAAAUGAAUGUACUCAAAUAAUAAAAAUGAAUGUAUGUGUAAUUUAUGCGCAAAUAAUAACUGAAAUUGUAAUCCAAAUAAAUAAUUAUUGUCUGUUACACCGUUAUAUUUAUCGGCGGACUGAGUCGCAGUGUGGUUUAGUUUAUUCAGAUUUUUAAGUUACUAUUUAUUGUAUGCAGUCAGCCUAAAAUUAAGCUUUAUGUAUCCGAUUUAUUUAUGUUGCACAAUAUUGUAAUAACUGGCGACAAAGGUUGCUAAUUUACCACAAGCCUAUUAAAAUAUUUUUAUAUUUA